AUGGGAAUGCAAUCAAUAACAAUAUCACAAUUGAAUAUGUAUCAUACAGAAAAUUAUUUAGAUAGAUAUUGUCUCCUACUAUUUGAAGAUCACCUGGUAACUAUAAAUGCUGGCACUCUAGGAAUCAUUCAUAUAUAUGAGAUAGCAUCAUAUUGUCUUCGAUUAACAGAUGAAUAUAAUUUUACGGCGAUUUCUAAUUUCGAAAAUGUUACUAAUUUUGGUUUUAGUUUUAUUGAAUUAAAAGAAAAAAAUAUCACAAGUAACAUGUUACUUUCAUGGUCUGCCUCAAUUGAUCUAGUAGAACAAUAUGAAAUGUUUUUAAUGAAUAACUCAACAUCAUUGUCAACAAAUGAAAUAUUCUAUAAUUGUACAUCAUUUUGGUUUGGACCAUUCUGUCGUUUUAAGUUCGAUUAUAGUCCUAGUCAAUCAUUCUAUGAUAUCGUCAAAAUCAGUUUUAAGGCAAAACGAAUAUUACCUCCGAACUCUGAAGUGACAUGUUACAAACAUUUACCUUGUAAAACAUUUUUAUCAUGCUUAAAUUGGCGAGAAAUUUGUGAUGGAAGCAUUAAUUGUUUGGACGGAUCUGAUGAAGAAAAUUGUUGGCAAUUAGAAGUUAACCAAUGUAUUGAUGAAGAAUAUCAAUGUCAUAAUGGUCAAUGUAUUCCGAAAGAGUUUUUUCGCGAUGUUCGCCAUCAUCCUGAUUGUAUCGAUCAAACAGAUGAAUCAGCAUUGGUAACUUUGCGUUAUUGUUACUCAAAUCCGAGCUUUGAAUGUGAAGAAGUUAUGUGUCGACCUGGCUCUUUAGAAUUUUCCUGUGGUGAUGGGGAAUGUACGAGUGGAAUUGCUACAUGUGCGAAUGGUCGUUCUAACAUCGUACGAAACGAUUUUUGUUCCAACACGACCGCUUGUCUGUUAGAAUCGAAUCCGAUGAGUACUUUCUUCUGUCUGCGUUGUAAAAGAACUCAUUGUAUAAAAGAGAACUGUCCAUCAAAAUUUGAACUUCGCUCCAUUCCUCCAAUAUUUGGACAUGUAAAUCUAAUGUUUUUGAAUACAAUAAACAGUUAUUACGAUCUCCUUUCUCCGGAUUAUGUGUGCUAUGAUGAAAAACUUUGUGAACAUUUCUUACCAAUAACACAUUAUAUUGGGAAUACCACUUGUCGUCAAAUCAAUGUCUCAAAACUGACAAAUGGGAAACUAUUUAACGGAUUUGCAGGAGUAAUUCAGAUUGUCAAAAAUCAAUUUCGCAGUUGUCUAAUGAUCAAUAAUAAAUAUGAUUAUUGUAAUUCUUCCACAAUGUAUCAGUGCACGAAUUCAAGAAAAUGCAUUUCAAAGCAACGUCUUCUUGAUGAUUUUCGAGAUUGUCCAGAAAAUGAUGAUGAAGAAUAUAACCAAAGUUGUUCACUUCACGAUGCUCAUCAGCGUUUUCAAUGUCGAUAUGAAAAUCAGAAAAAAUGUCUUGCAUUUUUAGUCUUUGGUAAUAUUAUUAAGGAUUGCGAAGACGGUGAAGAUGAAAUCUUUGAACUGGAACAAUAUAAUGCUGUAUAUAUUUCUUUCCAAAAAAUAUGCGACGGGAUGGUUGAUUUAUUACCUUUAGCAAUUGACGGACAAUAUGAAACUGAUGAAACAAAUUGUAAAUAUUGGCCAUGUAAUAAUAUUUACACACGAUGUAAUAAAGUAUGGAAUUGUAAAAAUGGAGUCGAUGAAAUGUCUUGUUCACAUACCAUUAGUUCUUUAUCUCGAAAUCAGUGUGUAUUUCUCAAUGAUACGUUAAGUCUCUCAUGUUCAUCAAUCAAUCGAACUAAUGAACAAAAAAAUUAUUUUGUACAUCGGUCGACCGAUUCUUUCGAAUAUCUUCAUUGUUGGAAUGAUACAAAGUCUAUUCCAUUUAAUAUACGUUGCGCGCCAACAUUGAAAUGUCCAGUUGAAAAUGCCAACCCAUUUUGUAGUAUUUUGAGCACUGUAACCAAUCCAUUAUGUAGUUAUUUAUCGGAUGCCGGUAUUAAAUACAAAGAUAGAUUUAUUUGUUCUGCAAGCUUUUCAGAUAACACCCAAUCACGAAUAUAUUUCAAAUUGCACAGUAUGUUAAAUUAUCAUUUACAAAUAACUGAUGCCCAUACUUCAAAUCAAUGGCUGAACAAAAUUAACAUUCGCUCGAUCGAAAAAAUCUCAUCAGUUGUCUACACAUCUGCUAAUGCAUGGCGAUGUAAUCGAGGUGUAUCAAUACGUAUUCGAAUAGAUUUGAAUCAAACGCGUUUGUAUUGUCUUUGCCCUCCAAGCUAUUAUGGUGAUCUAUGUCAAUAUGAUAAUCAACGCGUCAGUGUUACUGUUCAAAUUCGAGUUAAAUCGAACUGGACCAAUAUUUUUAUUUUUCUCAUAACUCUAAUCGACAAUGAAAUGAACAUCGAAUCCUAUGAUUAUAUUGAAUAUUUACCUAGCCGUGAUUGUAAUACAAAAUAUAAUCUUUAUUUACUUUAUUCAACAAGACCGAAAAAUUCAUCGAAAAAUUAUUCAGUAAAAAUUGAUGUAUUCAAUCAAGUAACGUUAAUUUAUCGAGCGAGUUGGAUUUUCUCGAUACAAUUUACUUUUCUUCCUGUCUAUCGUUUACCUGUUUUGCUCAAAACGCCCGUGUCAAUAAUGCAAUCCAUAGGGAAACACUGUUGGCCAUCAUGUAUUCAUGGUCAAUGUCUAUCGUAUAUUAAUAAUCAAAAUUUGACAUAUUGUCAUUGUGAAUCCGGAUGGUCCGGCGUUCAAUGUCAUAUAAAACAUACGUGUGAUUGUGCAUUAGGUUCUUUAUGUAUAAGCAAUUCGAUUUGUUUAUGUCCAACAGGUCGUUUUGGCCAUCGAUGUCAUCUCACUCAAUUGUCAUGUCAAUCUCAACCAUGUCUUAAUGAUGGACAAUGUAUUCUGGAAGAUAUACGUUACAAACAUCCGAAUCAUAAUCGAUCAAUGUGCAUUUGUCGCCAAGGUUAUGCAGGAGAUCGUUGUGAAUAUCGACAAAAUCAAACUGAAAUUGAUUUUUCAUUUGAUGAUCUUGAAACAAUUCCGUCAUUUUUAUUAAUUCAUUUGAUUUUAGUUGAAGAAAAUGCUCAACCGAAGCGAACCAGUCUAAUGAAAAAGAUUCAAUUUGAUGAGUCUUCAACAAAGAUUUUGACUUCAGUUAUAUUUCAUAUGGCAUUUGCGCAAAUCUUAAAUAAUUAUUACUUAAUUAUUCUUCGUG